AGGUACAAGUGUGCACAAGCUCUAGGGGAGGUGUCUAUUGCAGUCUGGAUUCCGUUCGCUUGGAUUAAAAUGCCACCGAAGGGACAGCGCGGGAGGGGAAGGGGAAGAGGAGGCUCUAGGUCUGGAAUCGCCAAACCCGUUGGUCGCGGAGACAGACGAGAUUCAAAUGACGCACCCCAGGGCGGCGCUGCAACUGCUCCGCAGACCCGCGGAACGGGCAUCCCAAGCAGGAUACCAAGUCGCGGUGCUGGCAGUGGCAGUAGUAGGAUUCCAUCUGCCCGAGGUGGUGCUGCUGGUAAGAAAAGCGCGGAGGAGAAGCCGGUUUUGUCGGAGUCACCGAAGAAAGAGCCCGAGAUGGAGGAGCCCGUUGCAAAAGUGGAACAGGAGGAAUUCUUGGAUCCAAAGGAGUUGAAGAGGCAGAAAAAGAAGAGGGAGAAGAAGGAAAAGAAGUCAAGCGGAUCGAGUUCGAGUUCAAGUUCAAGUUCAAGUUCUUCUUCAAGUAGUUCGAGUUCGAGCGAUGAUGAGAAGGAAAGAUUAAAAGAGGUGGAGCAGGAAAUCGAAAAUGGCGUCGGGAACGGCGACGUCGUAGCAGACGACACUGCUAAGAGCCCGGAUAUUGAAAAUUCAGAGCAGGAUACCGUUAUUUCCGACCCUGGGGAGUUAGGCGAGACAGGUUUCGAAAUUUCCGGGGAGCCGGGGGAACGCACAACAACAGAGAUUGUGGAGUCCGUCGAUGAGGAUGGGAAUAUUACUUUGAAGACCACCACAAAAACGGUCGUCACGAGCGAAAAGGAGCGUACCACGCUUUUCUCGGAAGGUGAUGAUUUUUCGGAUUUCCCCGAAGAUGGGGAGGGAGUCGAGACGGUUACGGAGGAGUGCGAGGAUGGUACAAUCCGCACGGUCAAAAAGGUCACAAGACGCAUCGUGCAGACAAUUACGGUGGAAGGCGAAGGGGAGCCCGUCAUAACAGACGAGACGAUAAUACAAGGUCAUUUUCCAACCGUGAGUACAGAUGAAGUCACCCCACGAUCCCGUAGUUCCUCAAGUUCUAGCGCAAGCAGCCAAGACAGCCAGCAUGUUGAUAAAGCUGGCCUUGACCUCGAGGUAAAGGACGCCCCAAAAGACCCGGUGGAGGAACAAACCCCGGCUACUGUUGACAUUGAUGCUGCGACUUCUGGGGAUGUCAUGGAGGUCAAAGUCACCCCUGGAGAAAUUGAAGUGACGGAAGUCACAGAAGAGAAACCGGAAGGAUCCAAAGAAGAAGAGGUCGCCAAAACAAGAAGUAGAAGUUCCAGCAGUUCCAGUAGCUCGAGUUCCGACAGCGACCACGAAAAAGAGAAGGAACACAAGGAACCGGAAAUUGAGCUGAAGAUUGAGUCCGAGGUGACAGAGGUGAAAGAAAUUCCCGAACCAGAGCAGUUGCAAGUUGAGGUCGAGAUUGAUGUCGAGAAACGUAGCAGGUCGAGUAGUUCCAGCAGCGGUGAAGGAACGAAAGAAGUACGCAACUUGCCAGAAAUUCCUGAUGAACUUCUGCAGGAAGCAGGAUUCGAACUAGAUCUUGACGUUAAGACAUCGGGUGGGGAGGUGGCAGUACAAGAGCCAGAAGAGCCAAAGCUGGAGGUUCAAUUUGAGACUACCACAGUAGUUGAAGAGGGAAAGCGUAGUCGUAGUUCCAGUAGCUCGAGUUCCUCAAGUGAUGAAGGGAAAGUUAAGGACGAGCCUGAUGAGGUUGAAAUACAGCUGAAAGUAGAGGUUCCAGAGCCAGAUGUUGCGGUCGAGGAACCUGAGGAAAAGCGCCCCGAAGUAGAUAUCGAGAUCCCCAAAGAGCCACAAGUGGAACUGGUAGUCGAACCAUCGGUAGUCGAAGAGGGAACGCGUAGUCGUAGUUCCAGUAGUUCGAGUUCCUCAAGUGAUGAAGGGAAAGUUAAGGACGAGCCUGGUGAGGUUGAAAUACAGCUGAAAGUAGAGGUUCCAGAGCCAGAACCAGUCGUACCAAUCCAGGUGCCGAAAGAGACGCUGCCGGAAGAAGAAGUCGAGACACCAGAGGUCGUAGAAACGCCGGUAGUUGAAGAGGAAAAACGUAGUCGCAGUUCGAGCUCCAGCAGCUCGAGUUCAGAUGAAAUCAACGAGAAGCGAAAGAAAGGAGUUACAUUCGCAACUGAUAUUGAAAUUGUUGAUGCUGAAAUCAAACAAGAACGCAAAAGUUCAAGCAGCUCUUCGUCAGAAGAAGAACAACGCCCUCUAGCGGUGUUGGAGAGCACUACACCGGGAGGAGUACAGUAUGAUGUUAGUCUCAGUUUCGGAGAUGCAAAAGUUGAAGACGCUGAAGAGAAAGCGAAGAGAAAGAUAUCUUUCGAAAAGAAAGUAGAAUUCGCUGAGAAGGUGUCGGAUGAAAUCAUUGGAGAGGCCAUAAUUGAGGUCAAAGAGCAAACUCCUCGACCGGAACCAGAGGUAGAGAUCAAGGACGGUACCGAUGAUGCUACCAUCGGAAUUGACGCUGGCAGCGGCAUUCGGUCAGGCAGCAGUAGCAGUAGCAGUAGCAGCUCAAGCUCAAGCUCAAGCUCAAGCUCAAGUUCGAGCAGUGAUGAUGAAAAGUCGGGAAAGGAGAAAAAGAAGAAGAAAAAGAAAAGGUCCAAAGACAAGGGUGGAGUCUUCGAAGUGAAUGCUGGCUUUUCUGUUGACCAAGCGCGAGACGUUCUUGACCAGUGUGAUGACAUAUUCAGGCGGAAGGGUGUCCUCAGCAUGCAUAUCGGGUGGAAAUGGGUGAAUGGUAAAAGAACUAACACCAAGGCCCUUGUCAUAGGCGUUGACGAGAAGAAACCACUUUCAGAUAUACCCAAACGUAAUGUGCUGCCAUCUAGUGUCCAAGUAAAGAACAAUGAAAAUGACACGAUUCCAUUAGCCACUGAUGUCAUUGACGAUGCAGCUUUAAAGGACUUAUAUGCUGCUGUCGCGUAAUGGUGCUAAAAACAAACAUGACCACAAGAGGAGCAGAGUGUUGAAUUGAUGCAAUUUCUAAUGACAAUGGAUGGGCUGCCAAAAUACUCAUUUUGAAAUCACCCACAUUUUGCAAACGCCAUGAAGUCAGCCUAAAUUAUCAAGGAUAACAGGGUGUUUCCAAAAUGAUUUAAUUGAGAAGCCUGAUAGUGACAAAAGAGCCACCUUGAGGAAGGGCCAAGUUGAUUUCUGGUCAAAACAAAUUUCAAGUCAAUCUUAUUGGUCUAAGUAUGAGAGAAAGGUUUCAUUGACAAUAUCUGCACAGACGGUUAUAGCGGCCCAUCUCGCACAAAUCUGGACCCCUGAUCAAAUAGAUUCAUCCUGUACACAAUGUAAGACCCCCCCCAUGCCGACUUACCUGCAGUGAAUGUCAAUCCUACAGUCUCCUCCUCUUUGAAAGAUGGAUAUACACACAACAACAGUAGACUGGCAUGAAGACCCCUUCCUUUGUACUCAUGUUCAUGUACAAACAUUCAGUCCCCAAAUGGUACAAGGCAUCUACACACUGUAUAGAGAUAUACAUUGUAUAUAUAUAUAUGCAAUUGAACCUAAUAUUAUGUACACCCAUACCCCUCAGAAGCAUACAUAAUUUUCUCAUCCUGGUUGGGACAGCACCAUUCUUGAUGCCCUGUGCGUGUGUGUGUGUGGGGGGGGGGAACAUUGCAAUACAGUAUAUCGCAAUACAUGUA